AUGGCUCUGAGUGGCAACUGCAGGACUUACCUUCCUUCUCGAGAGCAGGGAUCGGGGCUGCACUCCUUCCCAGAGGUAGUGGAGCUAAAUGUGGGUGGCCAGGUUUACUUCACUCGCCACUCCACCUUGGUUGGCACCCCUCACUCCCUGCUCUGGAAAAUGUUCACCCCAAAGAGAGACAUGGCCAAUGAUCUGGCCAAGGACUCCAAGGGAAGAUUCUUCAUUGACAGAGAUGGUUUCCUUUUCCGCUACAUUCUGGACUAUCUCAGGGACAAGCAAGUGGUUCUGCCUGACCACUUCCCAGAGAAGGGAAGGCUCAAGAGGGAGGCUGAGUACUUCCAGCUCCCAGACUUGGUCAAACUCCUGACUCCCGAUGACAAGCAGCAAAGCCCUGAUGAUUUUUGCCACAGUGACUAUGAAGAGGUUUCCCAAGGCAGUGACACGAGAAUAUGCCCACCCUCAUCACUCUUACCUCCCGAUCGCAAGUGGGGAUUCAUUACCCUUGGGUAUCGGGGGUCCUGCACUGUGGGCAGGGAGAGCCAAGCAGAUGCCAAAUUCAGGAGGGUCCCGAGGAUUUUGGUUUGUGGAAGGAUUGCUCUGGUCAAAGAGGUCUUUGGAGAAAGUUUGAACGAAAGCAGAGACCCAGACAGGGCUCCAGAGAGGUACACCUCCAGGUUCUAUCUCAAGUUCAAGCACCUGGAAAGGGCUUUCGACAUGUUGUCCGAGUGUGGAUUCCACAUGGUGGCCUGUAACUCCUCGGUGACAGCUUCCUUUGUCAACCAGUACACAGAUGACAAGGUCUGGUCCAGCUACACUGAAUAUGUCUUCUACCGCGAGCCCUCCCGGUGGUCCUCAUCCCACUGCGACUGCUGCUGCAAGAACGGCAAAGGCGACAAGGAGGGAGAGAGCGGCACGUCGUGCAACGAGCUGUCCACAUCGAGCUGUGACAGCCAGUCUGAGGCCAGCUCCCCACAGGAGACCGUCAUCUGUGGCCCUGUCACCCGCCAGCCCAACAUACAGACUCUGGACCCGCCGGGCCAGAAAGGNCCGGUGCAGCUGCUGCAGCAGUCCGAGAUCCGCAGGAAGAGCGACCUGCUCCGGACUCUCACCUCCGGCUCCCGGGAGUCCAACUCCAGCAAGAAGAAGGCGGUGAAGGAGAAGCUGUCCAUUGAGGAGGAGCUGGAAAAAUGUAUCCAGGAUUUCCUCAAAAUCAAAAUCCCAGACAGGUUUCCAGAGAGGAAACAUCCCUGGCAAUCCGAACUGCUGCGGAAGUACCACCUAUAG